GAGGCCUCUCCUGUUUGCAUCGACGCUUGGAGGAGCUAGAUCCGGCUACAACAGCGCUCGGAGGAGGUGGAUCCAGCUGCAGUGUGCAGGGGAGGCCUGCAGUGGUGGUGGGGCCCGCACAGAGCAGGCGGGCUCUGAAACAAUCUCGCUGGGACGGAAUCCAGAUGAGGAUGAACUCGUGGCAGGACGGCGUGAUGGGCACCAACUGCCCCAUACCUCCGGGAUGGAACUGGACCUACGAGUUCCAGCUCAAGGACCAGAUCGGCAGUUUCUUCUACUUCCCGUCGCUCGGCCUCCAGCGAGCUGCCGGCGGGUUUGGCCCUAUCACUGUCAACAAUCGUGCAACCGUGCCCCUCCCCUUCGACCACCCUCAUGGCGAUAUCACCCUGUUCAUUGGGGAUUGGUACACCAAGAGCCACGUUGAACUAAGGAACAUGCUAGAUGACGGUCAGGAUCUAGGGGCACCAGAUGGCAUUCUGAUUAAUGGAAGGGCACCUUACAGAUAUGACAGUGCACUGGUUCCGGAUGGCCUUCAGUAUGAAACUGUUGGAGUUGAGCCAGGCAAAACAUAUCGCUUCCGUGUCCACAAUGUUGGCAUCUCAACUAGCCUCAACUUCAGGAUCCAGAAUCACAACAUGCGUCUGGUAGAGACUGAAGGAACCUAUACCAAUCAGCAGAACUACACCAACCUAGACAUCCAUGUGGGACAGUCUUACUCUUUCUUGGUAACCAUGGAUCAGAAUGCAAGCACCGACUACUACAUUGUGGCGAGCCCAAGGUUUAGCAAUCCUAGAUGGCAUGAAGUAGCUGGUGUAGCCAUUCUUCAGUACUCAAACUCCAAGGGCAGGGCUUCUGGCAGCCUCCCUGAUGCUCCAAAUGAUCACUAUGACAAGUACUACUCCAUGAACCAGGCAAGGUCCAUCAGAAUGAACACAAGCGCUGGUGCUGCUCGUCCAAACCCACAGGGAUCAUUCCACUAUGGAUCGAUCAACAUCACUCAGACCUUUGUUCUCAAGAACGAGCAACCCUUGAGCAUCAAUGGAAAGCGUCGGAGGACUAUCAACAGGGUGUCAUACUCUCCUCCAGAGACACCACUGAGGCUUGCUGACCUCCAUAACCUAACUGGAGUCUACACAGCUGACUUCCCUGCAAUGCCCAGCAAUGCUCCAGCAAGGAUAGCUUCAUCUGUGCUGAACGCAUCCUACAAGGGUUUCCUAGAGAUCGUUUUCCAGAACAAUGACACUGAUGUCCAGACCUACCAUCUUGAUGGCUACUCAUUCUUUGUUGUUGGGAUGAAUUAUGGCGAGUGGACACCAGACAGGAGGAAUGAAUACAACAAGUGGGAUGCCAUCUCUCGUUGCACCACUCAGGCCUUCCCCGGGGGCUGGACUGCGGUCCUAGUCUCACUUGACAAUGUUGGUAUCUGGAAUCUGCGUGCUGAAAAGCUGGAUAACUGGUACAGAGGGCAGGAGGUCUAUGUGAAGGUUGCUGAUCCACUGGGCUACAACAUCACUGAAAUGGUCAUCCCGGAUAAUGCCCUGUACUGUGGUCUACUGAAGGAGAGGCAAAAGCCACAGGUUCAUGAGUCAAACAGCAAGUCGUCGGCGCAAGGAGAUGCUGGAUGGAGCUACAAACUCCUCGCAACCAUGAUGCUGGUCGUCGCAGCUGUGAUCUUCAGUUGAUUCUUUCAAAGUUUUUUGCUAGAUUUUUGCGUAGAAGAAAUAGAACAUUGAAACAUCUACCUUACAAGUUCAGCAUAGGGUAAUUUGUGGAGAUAGGAUCUGGUGAUGACUCUCAAGCUGGUUGAUAGUGUAGGACAACUUGAAAUGAUGUUUGUGGAAAAGGCAAGAAGCAUGAUACUUAAGUGAGAAUUUAACAAAACCCAGUGCGUGUUCUGAUUUGUAUCGCCGCAGUUUGUCCUGAGUUUUUUUUUUAUAUAUUUUUUAUUUUUUUUUUUGGGCAAGGAGUUUGUCCUGAAGUUAACAGUUUCAUGUCUCGUUGCUUAACUGGCAUUUUCACAUUAUAUGAUGAAGGCAUAGUCGCCUGGCAUUAUUGCUGCUUCACAAGA